ACGCGGCCACCACUUUCCUCCACCUACAGAUAUUUCCCAGCCAUCCUGCCGCGGUUCACCACCACCACCAACACCACGAUCCAGGAAAGAAUCGAAGAGGAGAGCGGAGCCAUGGCGAGCGAGCACGCGGAGCCGAAGCAGAAGCAGAGCCUGAUGGACAAGGCCAAGGGGUUCGUGGCGGACAAGAUCGCGCACAUCCCCAAGCCGGAGGCGUCGCUCGACAGCGUCUCCUUCAAGAGCAUGAGCCGCGAGUGCAUCACCCUGCACAGCAGCGUCAACGUCUCCAACCCCUACGACCACCGCCUCCCCAUCUGCGAGGUCACCUACACCCUCAAGUGCGCCGGCAAGGUUGUGGCGUCCGGCACCAUACCCGACCCCGGCUGGAUCGCCGCCAGCGACACCACCAAGCUGGAGAUCCCGGCCAAGGUGCCCUACGACUUCCUCAUCUCGCUCAUGAAGGACGUGGGCAGAGACUGGGACAUCGACUACGAGCUCCAGGUCGGGCUCACCAUCGACCUCCCCAUCAUCGGAAACUUCACCAUGCCGCUCUCCACCAGCGGCGAGUUUAAGCUCCCAACCCUCAAGGACAUGUUCUAAUAAUUCAUUAGCUUCUGUGGCAUCGACCGCCACCAAUGUAACUCUGUGAUCUGAUCCCCCACGGCUGUAUGAAUCCUACUAUCUUUCUUGCAAAUAAAGGCAGAUCCUCUGGUUCAAUUCUACUA